UGUGCCAAGCCAUGGAAUGAUCCAGGUCGCUCCCAGAAACAAUGGGGAGCUGUGCUAAUAUUUCUGACUCCUCAUAUCUGUCGCUCCAAAGCAGAACAGCCUCGCCCUGUUCCUUGCCUUGGCCUGCAGGGGAGCAGCUGAAUGCCAGGAGGAACUGGGAUCGGACUCUGCUCCCGAGGACAGGCUGGGUUUGUUCCGGGGCACACUGUCCCUCCUUCCUUACAGGAAAAAGAGAAAAUGUUUGCAGCUUAUUUUGAUUGCCCAGGAGGCCCAGAAAAUCUCUAUAUGAAAGAAGUGAUGAAGCCAAAUCCAGGAGAAGGAGAAGUUCUUGUGAAGGUCUCUGCCAGUGCUCUGAAUAGGGCCGAUUUACUCCAGGUACGUGGAAGUAUGUACCCUCCCCCCAAAGGAGCAAGUGACAUUUUAGGCCUGGAAGCAGCUGGGAGCGUGGCUGGGCUGGGUCCCGGCUGCUCGGGCCGGUGGAAGAUCGGCGAUGCAGUGAUGGCUCUGCUCCCCGGGGGAGGCCAGGCACAGUAUGUGACAGUGCCCGAAGGCCUCCUGAUGCCAGUUCCCAAAGAUAUGACUUUUAUCCAGGCUGCAGCCAUUCCUGAAGCCUGGCUAACAGCAUUUCAGCUGCUCCACUUUGUAGGUAAAGUACAGGAGGGUGAGAAAGUGUUGAUCCACGCUGGAGCCAGCGGGGUUGGCAUGGCAGCCAUUCAGCUGGUGAGACUGGCAAAGGCCAUUCCCAUUGUGACAGCAGGAACUCAGCAGAAACUGGAAGCAACAGCAAAUGCUGGAGCGGCUGCAGGGUUCAACUACAAGAAUGAAGACUUCAGUGAAAAGGUCUUGGAGUUCACCCAAGGUUCUGGAGUAGAUAUUAUUUUAGAUUGUGUUGGGGCCUCAUACUGGGAGAAGAAUCUGAACUGUCUGAACACCGAUGGCCGGUGGAUUAUUUACGGACUGCUGAGUGGAGGUGAAGUCCAUGGGGAUUUGCUGGCAAGGCUGAUUUCCAAAAGAGCCAGCAUCCACACGAGCCUGUUACGGUCCCGAGACAAGGAGUACAAGCAGCGGCUGGUGAGAGCCUUCACGGAGGAGGUGCUGCCCCAUUUCUCCGCGGGGGCUUCCCCCCGGCUCCAGCCCCUCGUGGACAGCGUUUACCCCCUGCACGCCAUCGCUGAGGCGCACAGAGCCAUGGAGGAAAACAAGAACAUCGGCAAAAUCGUCAUCGAAAUCCCCGUCUGCGUCAAGAAAGGGCCGCCGCAGUAGCUGCUGCGGGACAGUCACUGCGGGGCCGCUUCUGCUCCCGAUUCGCGUGGGGGGCGAGGAGGGGGAGAGGAUAAGGAGGAAGCGUUUAUUAAAGAGGUUCAUG